CCACCCAAUGUAGGUCAUAUGCCAAGAGACCAAGACUACAUUGAAUUGGAAAGGUCCUAAUGGCGACCACCGUCUUCAUCUCCACCGCCACACUCCGCCGCCUCAUCACGCACGACUCCCUCAUCCGCCAUCUCCAGCCCACCCUCCCCGCCGAUAUCAGAUCCCCACUCCGCACCUCUCACGACACCAGCUCUUCAUCCUCCCUCCUCCUCAUGCCCUCCUGGUCCCACUCCCCCUCCCUCCCCUACGUCGGCGUCAAGCUAGUCACCUACCAUCCCAACAACUCCGCCCUCAGCUUACCCGGAAUCCACGCCACUUACGCGCUCUUCAGCUCCCUCACCGGCCAAACCCUAGCCACCAUGGACGCCACCGAGCUAACCCUCUACCGCACUUCCUGUAUCUCCGCUCUGGCUUCAAAUUACCUAUCCAGGGAAAACUCCGAGACGCUCGCGAUGAUCGGCGCCGGCGCUUUAGCCCCGCAUCUGAUCAGGGCACAUUUGACCGUACGGCCCGGAUUGAAGAGGGUGAUAAUCUGGAACAGAACUGUGGAAAGGGCGGAAUCUCUUGUUGAGAAAUUGAGAAGCGAAAUCGGAUUCGAAGGAGUGAUUCUCGAGAGUACUGGAUGUUUAGAGGAGGCGGUGGGGUUGGGAGAUAUAGUGAGCUGCGCGACGAACUCGGAGACGCCAUUGGUGAAGGGGAAGGAGCUGAAGGUGGGGGCGCAUUUGGAUAUGGUUGGAUCUUUCAAGCCGUCAAUGAAGGAGUGCGACGAUGAGGCGAUUAGGAGGGGAAGAGUGUUCAUUGAUAACAAGGCGGUGGUGGAAGAGUCCGGGGAGAUAGUCGGGGCGUUGGAGAGAGGUGUGAUAACCAGGGAGGGCAUAGUUGGGAAUUUGGUAGAGCUGAUCAAUGGGGAAAAGAGUGGGAGAAGGAAUGAGGAUGAAAUUACUGUGUUCAAAUCUGUUGGUUCUGCUGCUGUUGAUCUUCUUUCUGCCCAGUUUGUCUAUGAGAGUUUCAUCAAUAGCCAUAUUCAGUAAUAUUUGUUGCAAACAUUUUAUUUGUAUCUACUAUGGGAAAGUGGCAAACUUGAUGUUGUUUAAUAGGGGGUUCUGUCAUCCCUUCCUGAAGUCCUUUAUUUCCUUUUUGGUAGAAGGUAAACAUAUAUAGAUGGUUGCAAAAUCUUUCUUGCAUCAUUGGAGGGG